CUGCUGCUAUGAAAUGGAAAAAUAAAUCGUCCGUUAAAUCGACCAAUACGGCUUCCAACAAAAGUUACAAACCUAUGGCACUUAAUCCCAUCAACAAAAAUUGGCAUACAGUAUCAAAACUUGCUUCUUCAUCACAUAAGACCCUUGACAGUAGUGUUAAUGAUGAUAAAUCUAUAUUAUCAUCACUAGACACACAAUUGAAAACAAAAACUGUCGAUAUAAAUCUCAAUACAACAAGACAAUUUCUUCGUCUUGUGAAUGAAGGAUAUACAAAGAUGAAGGCAAGUGAACUUCUGGCUAAGAGUUUGGGUAAAGGCCCAUGGCAUGCUCGGCGUAUUCGUACCUGGGCAAAUCAAUGGAAGAAUAACAAAGAAUUAACGAAGUCAAAACGUGGUAAACAUGUAAAAACAAAAUCAUUAAUACAUAAUAUAAGUUUUCGACGUCAAAUAAAUCAGUAUUUGGAGGAAAAUAAAUUUAAAUUAUCUAUUCCAAAUUUUAUGAGUUAUGUUAGUCAUAUUAUGCCCGCUUUUGGAGUCAUAAGUAAAACCAUUAGCAGAUCAACUGCGUGUAAAUGGCUAAAAUUGCUUGGAUGGAGAUACCAAACCCAUACAAAAAAGAUUUAUUUUGACGGCCAUGAACGUGAAGAUGUGGUAGAGUACAGAAAUGAUUUUUUGCAGGAAAUGGCUAGGUUACGAAAACGAAUGGCCAGAUAUGAAGGUGAAAAAUUAAACCGUAUCCUGCCAAAUCUUCUUCCUGGUGAGGCUGAAAUUGUUCCUGUUACCCAAGACGAAACCACUCUUUAUGCAAAUGAUGGUGUGAAACAUUAUUGGAGCCCGAAGGGUGAAUAUGGCCUACGGAGAAAAUCAUUAGGCUCCAGUAUUCACAUUAGUGAUUUUGUCUGUGAAUCUAUUGGGCGCCUCAAACUUUCAGACUAUGAAAUUGGUAUAAAUGACUUACUUCCUGAUUUUAUGCGUCUCAAAUAUACCGAAGCAGGUGUUUCCAUCUAUCUAGGCAUAAAUCGUGAUGGUUGGUGGACAUGUGAUGAUUUAGUUAAUCAG